UCAAAUGUGUCAAAUAGAAAAGUAACCUCUACGUGGCUGAAGGAGACAAUAUUUUUGUACAUAUUUAUUAAAAAAAAAUGCUAGACAAACUAUUUUUAAUUUCGGCCGUUCUCGCCACAAUUUUCUCCAAUGGUUACGCGUAUUUCAUUACUGUGGACGCCGACGCGGAAGAAUGUUUCUUUGAUAAAGUGGACGCUGGAACCAGAAUGGGCUUGACGUUCGAAAUAGCGGAGGGCGGCUUUUUAGACAUAGACGUGCGCAUCCUGGGGCCCGACCACAAAGUUAUUUACGAGGGCGUGCGAGAGUCCUCGGGCAAAUACACGUUCGCUGCCCACACUGCUGGAAUAUAUACGUACUGUUUCUCAAAUAAGAUGUCCACAAUGACUCCGAAAGUUGUCAUGUUCAAUAUGGCCAUUGGGGAGCCGCACAAACCUGAAGCUCAAGAAGGGGAGAACACCAACAAACUUGAAGAAAUGAUCAGGGAACUUAGCGGAUCACUCACUGGAGUUAAACAAGAGCAGGAAUAUAUGCAAGUACGUGAUAGAAUUCACAGGAGCAUCAACGAAAGUACAAAUUCUAGAGUUGUAAUGUGGUCGUUUUUCGAAGCGCUGAUCCUAAUUGCAAUGACAAUGGGACAAGUUUACUACUUGAAAAGGUUCUUUGAAGUCAGAAGAGUUGUGUAACAUUUAUUACUGUUAUUGUGGUCAAUGAUGAAAGAAGAAUAAAGACUAUUAUUUAAUUUUUUCGCAAAAUCUGUUGAUUAUUAUUGAACAGUGUCAAGUGAGAUCUUAUUUUCCUGUUUUGUAAUUGAUUAAUUAAUUAUAUGUUUUUUAUAACU